AUGGAUGGUAGCAGUGGAGGAGGUGGUGGUGGGGCAAACAGUGGUCCACCGAGCACCGUACAUCCUUCUUCGUCCUGUCUGAUGGCGACCGAUGCAGACAUUAACAGCUAUUUAGGCAACUAUCCACAGUAUUCAUCGCGGCACAGUGUACCGGGCAGCAGGGUAGGCGCAACUGCUGCGUUAGCAAACGGAAUCACCUCUACCGGCCGGUGGGAAACUAGUACGGACUGUACGAUACCACGUAAGAAAAGCUGGUCCGAACUGAAAUCCAUCGUUAACGAAUCGCGUCGCCAAAUGGCCACAACGAUGGCCGCAUCCUUUCCGAUGAGCGUGAACUUUCGUACACUGUCCGAUGGGAGGACCCGGGUGUACUUUCUCAGUCCUCCGCCGGCUAACGGUUGGGAUACAAUACUGUUUUACGUGGAUGUUCCGAAUACUCAAGCAACAGCCAAACGCUGCGAAAGGGAAAAUCACGUGGAGGACAGUGAUGAUAUCGACGAGCUGCGGUCCGGUGCACAACAAAAGCGUCUCCUCGAGUGGCACCAAUUGCUUGAGUCGGUACUGGGCCAUCUACCGACAGCAAAUUCCCGCGAGGUACAGCUUAUGCUCGAACGAAAACGCCUCUCGAUCUGGGGAAUCACCUCGUACGAGCUCCACAAAUCGAGCGGUAAAAUAGUAUUUCCUGCCUGUACCACACUGUAUCAAUGUCUAGAUACGGGUUACGAGGAAAAUACACUCUUCCCUUCGGAGCUACGGUUUUCGCAGCGGGCGGCGGUGAUCGAUCCGCAGAUAUGUCCACAAAACUCGGACCUGGUGGCAUUCGUGUGCAAUGGGGACAUUUGGGUAGUGCACACGCAUAGUGGCCACAGUGAGCGGCUUACGUACGCCCACGACGGUCGUCGAUCGUUUGCCGAGGAUCCACUGACAGCGGGCGUACCGUCGUACGUGAUGCAGGAAGAAUUUAGUCGAUACCAGGGUUUUUGGUGGCAACCGGAAAGUCACGACGAGAUUUAUCGCAUCGUGUAUGAGGAGGUAGACGAGAGCGAUGUUAGUUUAUACACCUUUCCAUCUUCACAAUCGUCUGGUCGAGAUUACGAGGAGUAUCGCUUCCCGCGUGCCGGAACCCCGAAUGCGAAAUCAAAGUUAAAGUUGGUACAAUUUAGACUUUCGGAAAACCUGCGAAUUACGGAAAUUUGCAUCAAAGAACUACAGUGUCCGUUAACGUUCGCCUUCCCCUGGUUGGAAUAUAUUGUGCGCAUCGGUUGGACGCCUGACUCAAAGCACAUUUGGGCACAAUUGCUGGAUCGUCCACAGCAGCGACUUGAGCUUGUACUACUGCCGCUGGAUAAUUUUUGCGAAAUCUACAGCAGCUCGUCUUCUUCGCCGAAUUGUGGUGCGACAGGUACGGCAACGACAGCCACUGGUCCAAACAGUACAGCUGCUGCUCCAUCGUACGGCUCUUCUCCUGGACAACAUCCUUCACAACAACCUCAUGGGCAUCCUGCCCACGCGCAAAGAAAAUCGUCUUCUGGGUGGCGCUCACCGCUGGACAAAUCUACGCGGCCACUGCAGGUGAUCUAUUCGGAAACGUCCAAUAGCUGGGUGAACGUGCACGAUGUGCUACAGUUUGUCGAGCUAUCCGAGCAGGAGGUGACGUUUCUUUGGGCGUCAGAGGAAACUGGCUAUCGUCAUCUGUACUUGGUUACGUCUAGUCUUAUCCCGCACGGGUGCAAUAGUAGCGGUAGUAGCAGUAGUUAUAAUAGCAAUAGCGUCGGAAACCAUCAAAACACAAUCCUUAGCAAUGUACAUCACAAACACCAUGGACAUGACGAAGCGAAUAGCGCCAACUUUCAAGCAAUAUCUAGCGGAUCGGACCACUCUCUUCCAUCGAUGGCUUGCAUCGGCAGCACGCUGAUACCACGCAUCGUCAAUAAGGUGACGCUUACCAGCGGUAACUGGGAGGUGCUAGGACGAAAUGUGUGGUUUGAUAGGUUGCGCCAGUUGGUGUAUUUUAUGGGACUCCGGGAGACGCCUCUGGAGAAACACCUGUACGUGGUAAGUCUUGCGAAGCCCAACCAACUGCGACUUCUUACUAUGCCCGGAUUUUCGUUCACCGUCGAGUUUAACGAUGACUGUACACUAUUUCUACAAACGUACUGUAAUAUCUCGACGCUGCCAUCAUGGGAAUUAAUACGAAUUAGACAUGAUACGGACGGCAACAGUAAUGGAUGCAGCCAGUCGCCAUCUUCAGCAAUUGAUACCCUGGAAUUGAUCUCGAUGGGCUUCCUGGCCGAGGGCGGGCCCUCGGAAAAUACUCUGUACAACCCCUCCAUUUACAGCCCGCAGAUCUCGACUGGAGACGUACUAUACGCGAUGGUGUUCAAACCACACAAUUUCAUGCUUGGCGUCAAGUACCCGACCGUGCUUAAUGUAUAUGGUGGACCGGAGGUGCAAACGGUUAGCAAUACGUUUAAAGGAAUGCGUCAACUUCGAAUGCACAUGCUCGCUUCGCAAGGGUAUUGUGUUAUUUGUGUCGAUUCUCGCGGCUCGCGCCAUAGAGGCGUCGAGUUUGAGUCUUAUAUCCGGUGUCGGAUGGGCACGGUUGAGCUAUCUGAUCAGGUUGAGGUUCUGCGAAUUCUGGCUGACCAGCUUGGCUACAUUGAUAUGGACCGGGUGGCAAUACAUGGAUGGUCCUACGGUGGUUAUUUAAGUCUAAUGGGACUAGUGCAAUACCCGGAUAUUUUUAAAGUUUCUAUUGCUGGAGCGCCUGUAACAAGCUGGGAAUAUUAUGAUACAGGCUACACAGAACGCUACAUGGACCUGCCGGAUAACAAUCGCUCUGGAUAUACUGCUGGUUCAGUGCUCAACUACAUUCAAAAGUUUCCUGACGAGGACAACCGUUUGCUCAUCAUCCAUGGUCUUAUCGACGAAAACGUGCACUUCUACCAUACCUCACAGUUGGUCAGCCGAUUGGUGCGUGCGAACAAACCCUACCAGCUGCAGGUGUACCCGAAUGAGCGCCAUUCGCUUCGUAACUUGGAAGCCAGCAAGCACUACGAAACGAAAUUGUUAUCGUUUCUGCAGAACCAUCUUUGA